AUGCCCGCCCUCACAAUCAACACCGACAACCCUCCCAGCAACAAUCCUCCUUCUCCGACUCGACCGCCUGUUUCCCCUAUCACACCUCCCUUGCGUCCUACCCAACGCCCGGCGACUGAAGCUACAAGCGUAAGCGCAAGCGCCAGCGCUGGCGGUCGUCCAAGCCUUACACAUUCACAGCCCGACCAGACUGCGAUACCACCGCCUGCACCUCAACCAAUAGCCUUUGAUUCCAACCCAGACGUCAUUGCGCUCAAGUCGGCGAUUUCCAUUUUACAAAUUCAGCGACAGCGUGCUACUGCCGACAUACAGGCUCUCAGUCGCGCAAAAGAUGAAGCCGUCCAGGACCCUGAAGCUUUCAUAAAAGACCUUGUCGCAGGCAAGAUUAAUGCGCCUGAAAAUGAUAGCGCUAGCGAUAGCGAAGGUGAAGAUACAGCGAUGAGCGGUCAAGACACCGGCAAUCAACAAGACCCCGGUGAAGGGUCCUCCAAGCAGCGCAUCGCUACCCAGCCACCAGCAUGGACGAAUCUUCCCCAGCCGCAAAAUGUGGUUCGCUGCCCACCCAUCAACUGGUCGCAAUACGCUGUGGUCGGUGACUCCCUCGACAAACUUCACAACGAACAAGUCGCACGUCCCAACCAGGGUACACCGGCAACGAUAGGCGCAAACGGUAUGUACGAAUUCAGAGGUGAAGGGAAGCAAGAGAGGUACCAAGGUGUGGCGGCGCCCUAUAACCCAACCCAAGAGCGCCUAAACAAGAAGCCCAAGAGUAGGAGGUCAUGA